AUGCACGUCCAAGUAAACGUCACCCGACAGCCUGCAAUGGAGGCCAUUGAUCGAUCAUUCGAGGCACGAGCUAAAGACUUGUGGGAGAUCAACCAGAAGAUACACAGCAAUCCGGAAUUAGGCUACAAGGAGUUCAAGGCUCAUGAUAACAUCACUGGGCUCCUCGAACGUCUCGGCUACCAGGUCACAAAGCAUGCUCAUGGGCUCGAGACAUCCUUCGUGGCCGAGUAUGGAAAAGGCGGGCGCGUAGUCGCCUUCAACGCAGAGUACGAUGCGCUCCCGGGCAUCGGGCACGCGUGCGGCCACAACCUCAUCGCCACGAUGUCCAUCGGCGGCUUCUUGGCCGUCGCCGAGGCGCUUAAGAAGGAAGGCAUCGCCGGCCGCGUCAGGCUCAUCGGCACGCCCGCCGAAGAAGGCCUCGGCGGCAAGAUCCCCAUCAUCGACGCCGGCGCAUACACCGACGUCGAUGCCUGCCUCAUGACGCACCCGGGCCCCCUCUCGGAGCGCCCCGGCUACGCCGGCGACGCGUACAUGCCCACGUUUGCGAACCACAAGGUCACGGUCACGUUCACGGGCAAGACUGCGCACGCGGCCAUGGCCCCCUGGGAGGGCGUGAACGCGCUUGAUGCCGCCGUGCUGGCCUACAGUGGCAUCGGCGUGCUGCGGCAGCAGAUCCAUCCCAACAGCCGGGUCCACAGCAUCAUAUCCAACGGCGGUGAUAGGCCCAAUGUCAUCCCCGGCACCGCGUCGAUCGAUUGCUACGUCCGGUGUCCCACCCUGCAGAUGGCGGAUGACCUCCUCGGGAGAGUCAAGGCCUGCUUCGAAGGUGCAGCCAAGCAGGCCGCGUGUGACAUUGACAUCCGAAGCAUCAACACGUAUGCCGAUCUCCGACCAAACAAAGCCCUGAGUGCAGCAUAUGCAAACGAGAUGGCUGAAAUCGGAGUCAAGGUGGCGUGUGACUUCGACUCGGCCGGCGUUCCAGGUUCGACGGACCAGGGAAACGUUAGCUACGAGUGCCCAAGCUUCCAGGCCUUUGUUGGUCUCGAAACCAAGCCUGGAUGCAACAACCACACUCCCGGGUUCACAGCCAUCGCGGGCUCCGAAGAGUCUCACAAACUCUGCCUGGCGGCCUCAAAGGGCAUGGCCAGAGCGGCAUGGAGGAUCCUUGCCGAGGAUGAUCUAGCCUCGCAGAUCAGACGUGAUUUCGAGGAGGACAAGAAAACCCGGAGCCAGCCUGUUGAAGGAAGAGUAUUGUCAAGGAAUGCCGGCUUCUGUUAA